UUUAAAAUUUGAGGCACAUUGUCUGUGGGAAGUGGUAGUUUGAGCUGCAAAAUCUGCAUUUUUAAUAUUGCAACUAAAGAUAUUUUUUUAAAAGACAAAACAUCUAACAAUUUAAAAAAAAAAUCCAGAACUCUGUAAAUACUGACCUAAAAGGACCAUUCAAAAUGCUAAUUUACUCUUUUAUAUAAAUCCUUUGCUAAGACAUCCUUUUCUGUCCAUUUGAGUGACUGAUUUUAUUUCUAAAUUAGUUUAAAAACUACAUGUACCUUCACUGGAAAAUAUAUGCCAUCAAUUUCUUAUUAGUCACUGGAAACACAGGAAAUUCUAAAGUGGUGGGGGUAUUUUCUUUAUAUAAAAUAUAGUUCAUCUAUUUUUAUAUUAAUAAAAUAUACAAGUUCUACAGUUUCUGAAAUAAUUACACCCACACAAAACUAUGUUACAAGAACAUUAAGGUAGAAAAGUCAAGCAUUCAUAAGUUAGGAAAUGCCAGAGGUUGCCUAUUCAAUUUAGCCUCCUUGUAUAUCUGCAUUAUAAUCCAAUCUUUAAUUACAUGAUCACAUACUGUUUUUUCUACAGACCCCCUACCUCUUUCCAUUUCCUAACUUUUGAGUGCUUGACUUUGCAACCUUAAUAAUUUUCUUUUAACAUAGUUUUUUCUGUCUCAUUUCCUAUGUUUUUAAUUAAGCCAACUGAUAAAACUCUAUAGAAAUUCUAUCAUGUGGUGUCAUAUUGACACCCGUAUGGGUCAUUAGCAGGGUUGGAAACUUUAUAGCCAUUGCACAUGACUCUGCCAUGUGAGUUAACAGUAGAUUGCCAUCCUCUGAAUAGACUCGCACUAGAGGGGAAUGAGGUACAUACUUUUCUAGUGGGUUUCACUGAUCUUUGUUGACAGAAAAGGAAUUGUGAGACACAAGAAUUUUGUGUUUCAUUCCAAGCUCUAGUGAUCACACAAUCUUCAGCUCAUUCCUCUUUAAGAAUGACCCAUUAUGCCCCAUCCACUCCAACCUGUCCUAGUCCUGUCUCUUCUCCUCCCAUGGCUCCUUGUCCCAGUCCCAUUCUCACCUAGUCAGUCCCAGUCUCCACUCCUAAAACAUUUUGUCUUGGUCUUGCCCCUCCAGAAUCCCUGUCCCAACCCCUCCCACUCCCAAUUCUCCCCCUGCACUCUGGCUCCUUGUUAGAUCAGUCUCCUCUCCCAUCUCAGCUCCUUUCCCCUGUCCAUUGCCCUACUAGUUAUCAGUUCCAAUCUCCUUGCCUAGCCAGUCCCAGUCUCCUCUGGCUCCUCAUCUGAUCUCAGUCUCCCCCUCCUAGCUCCCAGUCUUCACCUAUUUCCCUUCCUGGCUCCCAAGCUCCUUGCAUUCCAGUCACAGUCCCCCUUCCCAGUCUUCUUGCCCCAUCAGUCCCAGUCUUCUUGCCCAGCCAGUCAUCUCCCCCAUUCCAGUGCCUAGUUGUCCUCUCUAUCUUCUGCCAGCCCCCAGUUCAAGUAUGCCCUCUACCUCUCCAUGCAGGCUCCUUAUCCCAAUCUACUCACCUUACCUGUCUCCCUGCUCUGGAUAUGGUCCCCUCUGCAUUUGAAUCAGCAACUUGCUCUUCCACCCUGCCUGGACUCAGCAAAAGGGUCAACGAGAGCGUAUGAAUGACAAGCUCCCUGCUGUCAGUCCAGCUACCCUGACUUGGACUUGUCACAGCCCAGAGCUGUUACAGCAGGAAAAACCCUGCUCAGCCCUCGGUUGAAGCAUGCACUGUGCAGAGAGAAUCUUUGGGAUAUUUAGUUACCAAAAUCUAAGACGUCUCUACUGAGCAUGUGCAAACUGAUUUUUCAAAGACUCAUAUAACUUGGCCAAACGUGGGUGGAUUUUCAGUGACAGCAAAAAGCAUAUUCCUGACAGAAGACCACCCUCUUCCAAUUUUUAAGUCCCUGCUCCAAGGCCGGGGCGCACUACUAAAAGGUGGCUAGAAUUUUUUAACAUGGGCAAAACAAAAUAUUUUUUCCUAGCCUUUUGUUUUAUAGGAGAGGAUAAGAAGGGCCUUGAGACUAACUCUUUCAUUUAACAACUAUUGUGUGGAAUUUUAACCAGAUGAUUCUUUAAUUAAUUAAAAGAUAUUAAGCCUACAUUGCUUCAAUGGGCUUUAAUCCUAGUGAGCAAGAACUCUGAAGGGGUCUGUGAUAUAUGGGAAUAAUGCAAGAGUGGGUCCUUACUGUUGAAUUAUGUUUUGUGGUGUGAAGGUGACCCUAGAAGUGAGCAGUAGUAACAGUGGAAGAAGGGGAGGGGAAGGGUUUAGAACUGAGUCAGGGAGAGGGGCUAGUAGAAUGCACCCAUGAGACUAUGUAGUGGAAGGUCUGGCUGCAAGGGCAGCUGUGUUUGUUGUUGGAGUCGGGACUAAUUAGUCAAACUGAUGCAAACCUAUGUGGAUUGAAGGAGGAAUGUUUAGCCUAGUUUUUCAACUCACGGUCAUACUUACCUCCUUGUAGCAAUUACUUUUUAAACAACUCUUAAUAAUACAUAGAUGAUAUACAUAAAGUGCAGAAAACAGCAUGAGUGCAAAGAUGCAUACAGUACAUUAAUUGACAGUACAGAAACAUGGCUGACAAUUGUUGGUGUAAAUGUCUGAUUCCUGCAAAUACCGCAUACAGUUACAGCAGUGACCAAAAGGGAGAACUCAAACCUCUCAAGCACAGCUUCACUUAUGUGAACUGGGGAUAAACAAACAGCACCCAUAAUGAUUAGUUGUGUCCUGUUUCUGUAGAUUUCCUUUUCAACAGUGGUAACAAAGUUUACAAGAAAAUUCCUACCUUGACAAAAAUAAGCCACAAUAAUUUUCUGAGUGGAGACUUUUUGAUACUCCAUGCCACCCAUGAAUCAUUCUCCUCUUCAACAGAAAAUACUGAUACAAACAUUUGAAACAGUAGCCAUUGCUAAAUACUUUUAAAAUCCCUUUGAAGUGCUUGGAUUUGAGAGAAAUUGUUGCCAUGCCUUAAGUAAUAAAACCAAAAAAUUGAUGAGAUGCUGCUUAACACUACCUGGUAUCUACAAAUGCUUUUGUGAGCAAAUCUUGUCCUGCCUAGUAACAGUUGCUAGGUAUGAGGUUGGUUUAAGGCUGUAAGAGGUCAGUUAAUAAAUCCUCUUCCAUCAUCAGUCCACAUUAUGUUAUUGAGCUCCUCACCACUUGUGCUUAACCUGCAGGCAAAUGUUUUAGACAUCAUCCUAAUGGUGAAUGAUUUUAUCUUUUAACUGGACUGCAUGUUUUCUGUAACAGUAAGCAUUUGUCUGCAAGGAUUAGGGCAGUUUGGACAUUUUAGUAACUACCUGGAAUAUUUUAUACAACCAUGAUUAGGAAUCCAGAUUUGAGCUCCUUUGUUUGUUGUGCUGUAUGCUCAAAAAUAAUACCACCACCACCUACACCUGCUACUUUUGAACGAAUUCGGGAAUAUAAGCCUUACAAAACACGGUAUUACACGCAUCGGGAUAUAUUAGAGCUCGGGGCAGAUCUUCAACAAGAACAAUGUGAAAAAAAGGAAUUAGAAGUAAAAGAACGGAUUGAAAAAAUUAAAGCCGAACUAUGGUUUCAGGCUAAAGUGGAAAAAGAAGAUGCAGUGGAACAAGCCCUUGAUCAGGCAAGAGCCGAACACAACAGUUUUUUAGAAGACCUAAAAAAAAAGCAUGAAAAAGAACUACAGGAAGCAGUGAAAAAAACGAAGAGAGAGAUGCAGCGGUACCUGGAAGAUGAGCUGAAGAGGGAAUCUGAAGCUGCAGAGCAGCGCAUGGCUCACAAACUUCAGCGCAUCCUGAUGGAGUGUGCUUUGGAAAAGAUGCACGCUGUAGCUGACGCCAGAAGACAGGAGAGGCAGACAGCAUCCCAAGCAAUGGCCAAGCAGCAAAAACAGUACACAGAGCAACUCCAGGAAGCUGGGAUAUUGGCUAACGAAAUACAUCAGAAGAACCUGGAUCAAUUAAAAGAAAAAUAUUAUGAAAUGAGUGUUGCCUUGGACAUCACUCAAAAAGAGAAUCAAGAGGAGGCUGAAAAACAACUCAAAGAAGCAGAGGUAACACAUCAGGCCAUAUAUGGAGAAGUGACGACCAGCCUGAGAGAGACAGAAGCUCAAGUACAGAUUCUUACCCAACAGCUGGGAAGCAUGACAGCUUGGAAAGACAACCUGGAAGCUGAAAUAGAAGAAAUAAGACAAUCUUUUCAAAACUACAUUGAUAUUACGUUUCCUAAGCUGACCCCAGGACAAGCAGAUUUUAUCCUGCCAUUCAGAAAGCGACUUGAACACAGGGAUACAAAAAAGGAAGCAACAGAUAAUGACAAGGAAUGAAAAGACGGGAUCGGUGUGAGAUUUACUGCAAGUGCAGAUCAGUACUUCCAGUAGGUAAUGCUGAAAAAUAAAUCAAUUUCUGUUCACCGCAUUAAACAUGAGUCCCUGUAGGUAAAGGAAAAAUAAUCAUUACAUAUUAAUUAAUGCACCAAGCUUAGGCAGGAUAUAUUCAUAUUCUCUCCUACAAAUGGUAAAGUUAAGAUUACACCUCAACUUCCAUUAUAAUAACCUCCUGUCUCAAAAACUUUUGAGGUGCAGUUUCACAUGCUUGAUAUUAGCCUGAAGACACUUUUUUGAAGCGUGAGGAAAAUCCAUUCAGCCACUUUCCAGUGAACAAGAAAAAAUACACUUUUUCUUAGUUAAAAAAAAAGAUUAAAGGCAAUAUUUGAAGUAGUGAAAGCGAAGUGAAUCCUGGACAGGGGUUACUGAAGAGAGAAGUGCCAGCUCUGCUACAUGCUCCUCCUAUCCCAGGAAACUGUGCUGAAUUCUCCUCUGGUGGAGCUCUACUGGGUCAUUGGUUUUGAGGAUUUUAGGGUUAGGACCAGGAACUGUUGCUCUUUGUUAUAUUCUUCCUGCAGACUCUGAGGAUGUCCAACUGAGAGUUAACACUUCUUAAAGCAGUUUUUAUCAUCCAGGCUCCCCUUCCUUACUGCACAUCUGUGAGACAGUUAGUUUGUGGCAGCAUUGCACCAGCAGAGUGGCUUUGAGGUUGCAUAGGGAUUCCAUGGAUCAUCUAAGAGCUCUCUGGAUCUUAGCAAAUCCACUAGGUUUGAUAGCUUAAACCUCUGCCCUUUCAUUUCUUGACAAAAUGAUAAGUAGGACAUUCUGGCAGUCAAAACUCAGUUUCCUGUCUCCUAAACCAGAUACACCCACAUAUGGCUCUAGUGAAUCAUAGAAUAUCAGGGUUGGAAGGGACCUCAGGAGGUCAUCU